UCUCCAUAGCGGCAUCUUUUUCUCAUCCACAUCUCUCAUCUCUCUCUCUCUCUCUCUCUCUCUCUCCAGCUUGCCAACAGUUCUUCUUCAUCUCUCGCUGCGGAAGGGACCUGGUCUGGCUAGAUUUGUUUGUACAUAUGCAUAUGGCCUUUACCAAAUUCUCAUGGCGUUAAUUAUUAUUAUUCAAACAUGAAGGAGAGAUUGGUGAUUACUAUUUGAACGGUGAAGAGAUCAUCAAGGAGCUAGCCCAGUGCUGAAGAGAUAAGAUACCGGCAGAAAGAAACCAUGAGAGGAGCUUUUAAUGUUUCUCCAAAGGGUAUCAUCUCCUUUCUCUUUUUCCUAGUCUUUCUAAAUUAGGGUUUGCUUUCAGAUCUUGAGGACAAUACUGCCACUGUGUCCACUUAUGAAAAAGUUGAUCUGUGUCUCAUCAAUGGAUCUUUGUCCUUCUGUAUUCGCCCUCAAAACCCAGUAAAUUUAGUGCCUUGUCUUUUAGAGUGAGAGAGGGAGAGAGAGAGGGAGAGGGAGAAGAUGAUGAAUGGUAUGAUAUUAGAUGACAAUAUGUCAAAUCUCACUUCUGCAUCCAAUGAAGCAAGCAUAUCUUCAAGCAACAGAAAUGAAAUCAGUACCUUCCCACAACAAUCUUUUCCAUUACCAAAUCAACCUCCACCAGCCAAGAAGAAGAGAAAUCUCCCAGGCAAUCCAGAUCCAGAUGCAGAAGUGGUGGCCUUGUCCCCAAGAACCCUAACCACGACAAAUCGAUUCGUAUGCGAGAUCUGCAACAAAGGGUUUCAGAGAGACCAGAACCUGCAGCUGCACAGGAGAGGGCACAAUCUGCCAUGGAAGCUGAAGCAGAGAGCCAACAAAGAGGUGAUCAGGAAGAAGGUGUAUAUUUGCCCAGAGCCGAGCUGCGUGCACAAUGACCCUUCAAGGGCACUUGGGGACCUCACUGGGAUCAAGAAGCACUUUUCAAGGAAGCACGGUGAGAAGAAAUGGAAGUGUGAAAAGUGCUCCAAACGCUAUGCUGUUCAGUCUGAUUGGAAAGCCCAUUCCAAGAUUUGUGGCACCAGAGAGUAUAGAUGUGAUUGUGGAACCCUUUUCUCAAGGAGGGACAGUUUCAUAACCCACAGAGCCUUCUGUGAUGCCUUGGCAGAAGAGAGUGCAAGAACUAUCACUGCAGCAAUCAACCCUCUUCUCUCCUCCCACUUACUACCACCACCCACUUCCGCGGCUGCCGCCGCUGCCACCACCACCUCCCAUUUCACCCUCCAUCCCCAGCUUCACCACCACUCUCCAUCUCUCCCCCCUCCAUACCCUCUCAAAAGAGAACAUGACAACUUCCAAAUCCUCCACCCAAUGCGGCCAGACUUUCCCCCAUGGCUGGCUAACCAGCCUCCGGUCGCAGAACCAGCGGGCCCAACCCCUUCACCGAUCGACCUCUCGUCUUACUCCUUCUUGCACCAAGAAAACCCUAACCCUAGCUCCAGCCCUACCCCAACUCUCCCUUCUUUUCCACCCACAGCCUCUCCCCACAUGUCUGCAACUGCCCUUCUGCAGAAGGCAGCCCAGAUGAGUUCAACAAUGAGCAAGCCGUGCCCACCAGAAGCCAUUUUCAGGCCCUACCAAGCUCACGUGGGUGCCAAAACUUCUGGGCCUGGCCUGAGCUCCACAUCACUUGUUGCUGCAUCUCCAGCUGGCUUGGCCUCAUUCGGGAAUAAAGCUGCUGGUGCCACCGUGGACUGUGGACCUCCCUCUCUCACCAUCCACGAUAUGAUGAGUUCUUUGCAUUCUGGAAGUGGGUUUGAAGGGCAUUCAGCCUUUGAAGAGGCCUUCGGUGGAGAGCUGAAUCCGAAAAUUGGCAGCAAUUUGCCAACGUUGGGAGCCCUUUUAGGUAGAAGCCAUGAAGGCGGCGGCAAUGAUGGGUUGACCAGGGACUUUUUGGGUCUUAGAUCAAUCUCUUGUAGGAGCAUUCCCAACAUGGCUUCCGGGCUUGAUCAGAUGAAUUCACCGCCAUCGUAUGCUCAGCACAGCCAAAAUCAAACACCAUGGCGAAGUUAGCACGUUUAAUUUAUGUACACAUGCGUGAUGGAGUACUUCUUUCUUCGUCCAUUUUCUUGUCACUCUUCUUUUUCUUCUUCUUCUUCUUCUUCUUCUUCUUCUUGGUCUCUUUUGGACACUUUUUAAUUAGCUGUGUAAGAGAAUUGAAGAUUGCUCUUUAGUUUGUCUUUGACGAUCAUUCCCACCCCAUGAUUAAGCAUAUAUAUAUAUAGUUCUGAUUUUACGUACAUUGAUGGAAGUCAUUAAUUAAUUGUUCUUGUUGUAAUUCAUCAUC